AGACAAUACCUGCUUCUGUAUAGUGUGUGUUGUGUGUGUAUUUUCUUCGUCUUCAUUAAGAAAGAUCAUGAGUUAUCUCGGCGUGGGUGUGAGUCCUGGCAAUGUGCCAGUGUAUACCAAUUUAAAGGUGAUUGAGAAGAGAGUGAGGGUUGCUGAAUUAGUAUUGAGGUUUAUGGUCUGUGCUUUCGCAGUUGUUUCGGCUCUUCUUGUUGGAACUGACUCACAAGUUAAAGAGAUCUUGGGUAUUAGGAAGAAAGCCAAGUUUACAGAUGUGAAAGCCCUUGUUUUCAUGGUGAUAGUUAGUGGUUUAGCUGCAGCAUAUUCACUAGCCCAAGUUGUUAGGUGUGUUUUGAGUGUGAUGAGAGGGGGUUUGCUUCUCAACAAGCCCUUGGCUUGGGCCAUUUUCUCCGGUGAUCAAGUGAUGGCUUAUUUGGGGGUGUCUGCGGUGGCAGCGGCUGCGCAAUCAGGGGCGCUGGCGAAGUUGGGGCAGCCGGAGCUUCAAUGGAUGAAAGUAUGCAACAUGUAUGCCAAAUUUUGCAACCAAAUAGGUGAGGGAAUUGGUGCUGCUCUGCUGCUCACCCUCUCUAUGAUAUUCCUCUCCGCUCUUUCGGCUUUCAGUCUCUUCCGUUUGUAUGGCCUCAAUAAACCAAAGAAAUAGGCUACGACUAACGCUAAAGGUCUUGGGUUUGAGCAAACUUUAUCGGGGUCUUUAAAUUUAUGUUCAUUUUACCAAUAAAAAAUUAGGCUACGACUAUUUUAUUCUGUCUAUUAUAUCAAGUUCAUAUGUUGUAAUGAUUUAUUAUCCUGUAUGAUUUGGUUGUGUAAUAAAAUAGGGAUUUAAUUUAAUUUGUUCAUUUUGUGA